AACCACCGACAUGAGGCUCUGCCGCACGUAAAUAUCGGGAUGUUCUCGAAGGAACUGUUGUUGCAUCAGUCCAGGCUUCUGAAAUCCCAGUAACCUUGAGUUGUUAAUCGUUUUCUACAUCGUCUCGAUCACGUCGCGCACGAGUCAGCUAUUACUGUCACCGCGUAUUGAUGCCUAAUUAGCGAGGACCUCGAGCAAACCACCGCUCUUCUCUCGUCUACUCCGUUCACGCACGAACAAUUGAGGUUCUGAUAACAUUUCAUGCGCCACUCCAGACCAUAAACACGCCCGCCUGUAACGUUAGCAUUCGCCCCGGAUUUGGGAUAGCUCUCACGUCACCUCGGGUUACUUGCAAGGACACGUCUUGGCCGAUGCUGGGGUUACAGCCAAUCAAAUUGUAUUGUGGAAAAUUGUUGGACACACGCCGAAUACCGCAUUUGGUUCACGAGCGGAACUACUACACUUGAAUUCGAGGCUUACAGAAUGCAACCCGAAUAUGUCGACAUUCAGUCACGGUGGGUGAACGCACUACGAACGCAAUCGAAGUCGGAACACCCACCUACAGGUGCACUUCCUUGCCCGUUCGAUGGUCACGAUGGUCGGAUCUUCCUGAACAUAGACCAACUCUUUGAUCAUGUGAGAGCCGACCAUGCCUCUGAGGUUAAAGAUUUGGAACCAAGUCAAGCACGUGCGUAUCUGAGAGACGCGGUUGCGAAGUCAAGAAACACAUAUCGAUCUUCAGAUGCUACCGCGGGUGGCGGAUCUACGCUAGACAUCACUGGAUUAUCGUUAGAGCAAAACACACUCCGGCAAUCACCUCCUUACUCUGGUAAGAAACGACCUGCUGGAUCUGAUUUCUAUGGACGCCGAGAAAAAGGUCCUAUCCAGGUUGGGGUCUUUGAUCCUGAUUACUCUAGGGAUACAGUCACGCCCGAACGCACUCAGCGCCUUUACGAUCCUAAGCAGAGCACUGCAUCGCCUUAUCGGUCUACACCGGAGCUGCCACAUCGAGAUCCAAUUCUCAGAGCUCAGCAUCCCCAAGGGCCAGCUCGCCAGCCUGGGCUUAUCGAACUGCAAAAAUAUGAUAACCGGUAUCCUGGACUUUUACUCCAGCCAGACAGUCGCCCAAUCUCUCAGGAACAACUUGCGUCCGAAGUCAAGUCGAUAUAUGCUGGCUUAACUAUGGUAGAGACUAAGUGUAUCCACGUUGAUCGAGCUCAGGCUGCUGCUGCUGCUCAAGAGAAUUCUGACUCCAACCGUAAGCUUGCUCCUGAUCACUGGCAAGCUCUAAUUGCACUACAUCGGACUCUUCUUCACGAACACCAUGAUUUUUUUCUCGCUUCCCAACAUCCAUCCGCCAGUCCAGCUCUACGGCGACUAGCAGCAAAGUAUUCUAUGCCAGCUCGCAUGUGGAAACAUGGUAUUCACUCUUUUCUUGAAUUACUACGCCGCCGGCUUCCUGACAGUAUUGACUACAUGCUUGCGUUCAUAUAUCUGGCCUACCAGAUGAUGGCGUUGUUGUACGAGACUGUACCUGCUUUUGAAAACACUUGGAUCGAAUGUCUGGGCGAUUUAGGCCGCUAUCGAAUGGCCAUCGAAGACGAAGAUGUUCGAGACAGAGAAACUUGGGCUGGUGUUGCCCGAUCUUGGUAUUCCAAGGCUGCUGACAAGACCCCCAUGGUCGGUCGUCUGUACCAUCAUUUGGCAAUUUUGGCUCGUCCAAAUGCUCUCCAACAGAUGUACUACUAUUGCAGAUCCCUCAACUCCGUCGAACCAUUCCCCAGCGCCCGCGAAUCAAUCAUGACCCUUUUGAACCCCAUCCUUGGGCGGGUACAAGCAUCAUUCUCUCACGCCUUACCAAUCGACAACAACUUCAUCAUGGCUCAUGCAUACAUCUUUGAGAAGAGCCCGAAAGCCGACUUUGAUACGAUCCAGAAAGACUUUCUCGGUCAACUCGAUAAUCACAUUGGUCGUGUGACAGCUAAAUGGAAAGAGCAAGGUGUAUACAUCGCUGUCACAAACAUCACUGGCUGGUUUGACUAUGGUAUCAAGCACAACACCCUUCGUCAACUUUUCCUUUUUAUUGCUCACCAACAGCCAAACUCCUCAUCACAGGUGGUAAACAAAGGUCAACUUAGGGAUCCUCCAUUGCCGAUCGAUGGACAAGAACUCGAAGUCCCAAUGAUCACCGAGAGCGAGAUUAUAGCCGAGCUCCACACGCUUCAUUCGGACGCGAACUUCUCCCGUGCGUUUGACAUGACUAUGAAUACGUUCUCCCUGGUUCUCCGUCGUAUUGGCGACAAGAAUGUACUGCCUCAUGUACACGUUCUGCUUUCUUUUCUUACCACACUCGCUUCCGUACAAUACGUUGCCCAUUUCAUCGACCACGCUCCUUGGACCGAACUCGUUUCUUUUCUCAAUACGUUAAUCAAAACCGAAAAUCAACAAAACCCGACUCAAGACAUGAAUACGUUGUUGACCAGCCCGGUCUUCUCAGCAGAUGGUGAGAAGGAUGGAGAUGUGUUGCCGCUGCCCGAGGAUUAUCUGGUGCGUGGUCUGAUUUGGGCACAAGAUUAUCUGCCAGCGAAGUGGUUUGGAAAGGAGCAGGAUGAGGAAGAGAGAUAUCUUGAGUUACCGAGUACGGCGAAGAGUCGUACAGAGAGGGUGCUGAAGCUGGGAUAUCAACUCUCGACUGUAAGUCUUCCUGCUUUAUUUGCCUAAGUUCAUGGGUUUUCUAACUGUAGGCAAGUAUAACCGAUAUAUCUCAUAUGACGAGAUUGCUCAUACGUUCUCCGCCAUCGAUG